CCCAAGCUUUGAAAAGGAAGUGAUAAAGACUGGUUAACUGAUUGGUGUAAUGUGAUCUCCGGCACACAUAUAGACGUUCUAUACUAGCUUCUCCAAAAUGAGUCAUUACGAUAUCAUCUUUUUGACGAAUAACAAUGUUGCAUUGAGGAUUUACGUUAUAACAUACACAUCUAAAUAUAUGUAUUCAGGUCGGAUAUCAGGUAUAGCAUUCUAUUAACUGUCAAGGUCAAUCACAGGCACACUUUCAUGUGUGUAAGGUUAUAGGGAGUAACAGAACAGGAAACUUUAUAUAGUGUAUCAUACUUAACAACAUGGAGGUCGUUAAUACUACAGACAAGGAAGGAAACAAGAUAAAAUACAAGAAAUACAAAGGAAGAUCAUUCCACAUGCAAACUGUCGGUAAUGUUGAAGAUCAGCUCCGAAUGGUGGAAACAUUCAAAGUCCGAUCUGACGAUGUGUUUAUUUGCACCUUCCCUAAGUCAGGUACUCACUGGGUAGCGAAUAUAGUUAUACCUUUGAUCACUGGGUCAAUAGGCUUUUCCUCUGAAGAGAACGGGUUAACCCUGGAGUUUCAUGACCUGAGCGCCGCCGAUGAGAUAGAAGAUCGUCGUGCAAUUGGCUCCCACCUCUCCUACCCUUUCAUCCCAGCAGGUGUCAAAGGCGGAACGGGCAAAGUAAUCAACGUCCUCAGAAAUCCAAAGGAUACGUUUGUCUCCUUUUGGAAAUACUUCAGUACGAUGUUAAAUACUGGCUAUGAGGGAACAAUGGAUGGAUUUCUUCGUUUUUUCUUGUCCGACGAGUUUUACAUGUCUGCAUCGUGGUUUACCUAUAUAAAGGAAUGGACGGAUGGAAAAUCAAACAACCCUGACAUUCAAGUGCACACGGUGUGGUAUGAGGAUCUCAAAGAGAACCUUUAUGACGAAAUCGUCAAAAUUUCAGCGUUUUUAGGCUCAAAAGUAGAUGAGAAGUUCCUACGCGAAGUAGAAAGCAGUGUCUCUUUUACACGUUUAAAGGCUGCACAUAACACAGAUACCGGAACCACAGACCGAUGGAAAGAUUUAUGUAAAGAUGGCCGUCUACCUAUUUACAGAAAGGGUGUGAUCGGAGACUGGAAAAAUGAGUUGACUGUGGCACAGAGUGAACUCAUUGACACUGCCAUUAAGGAGAAACUUGCUGGCUAUACAUUUAACCUGAAGUAUGAAUAGUGUUGUAUGGAACCCAAUACCAGCGGGCACUGUGUUACCACUAUAACGAACACA